AUGCAGCAAGAGAUAGAUGAUUUGAAGAGAAGGCUGCGCCAUGCACAACGAGGGCGAUCUCAUUCUAGGCUUAACAUACCCUCCAAUGAUGAAAGUAACGAUGACUAUAGGCAAAGAUCGAGAACUCCCCUAAGUGAGACCUUUUCUCACGAAGAAGAGCACUACCAAAGGCGUAAGCGUAAAAACCCAUCUCCUAAGGGCUUGGGAAACAACGCCAUGAGCAGGGCACUGGAUCAACUCUCCAAGUCACCUUUCACACACCACAUAGAAAGGGCUAAACUUCCUCAACGAUUCCAGCAGCCAACCUUCACCAUUUACAACGGUAAAACAGACCCCGCGGAGCACGUGAGCCAGUUUAACCAGAGGAUGGCUGUCCAUUCUAAAAACGAGGCGCUGAAGUGCAAGGUUUUCCCGUCUAGUUUGGGACUAGUGGCGAUGAGGUGGUUCAAUGGCUUAAAGAUGAAUUCCAUAGAUUCUUAUAGGCAGCUAACCCAAACUUUUGGCUCCCGUUUCGUCACAAACAUCAAAGCUCCUCAACCCUUAAGCGCUUUAUUGUUGUUACUCAUGCAUGAUGGAGAAACUCUAAAGGCCUACUCUGACAGAUAUUGGGAGAUGUAUAAUGAAAUAGGCGACAAUUUUGACGAUGUCACCAUCAGCACCUUCAAAAACAGUCUCCCAGCCGAGCACGGCUUGAAGAAGUCUCUGACUGGCAAGCCGGCCACCAGUGUGUGCCAACUGAUGAAUCGGAUCAACAAGUAUAAACGAGUAGAGGAAGACCAGCUGUAA